AAAGAUUGCUAGACAAGGGCAGCAGCUGUCUCACUUCAGUGUUCAGACAGAAGCUUAGCCAGACCACCAGGAUAGGGCAGGAUGUGUUCCCUUGAUCUUUUGUGAACCAUCGCUCCCCGGCAAAGCAGAGAUCAUGACUCCUCGUGAGGCCUCCCAGGCCUCAUUGGAAUUCGGGGGGCCACUGGGUAAAUGGGAAGGUUGGGGGUGGAGUGGAGGCUGAACUGAUGCUACUUAACGGCAACAGGGUAUGGUACGAGCUAGAAGGCUUUUGGGAAUUUGGAGGCAGAAAGAUGGAGGGUGCGCAGGUGGCAGAAUGUCUGCAGGAAAGGAUGGACCGGUGCUGGCAGCUGUACAGCAAGGAGUCUGUGGAGUGGGAGACAGUUGGAAGAGCAGGAGGAUAGUCUUGGGGAGGACUAAGAUGGAAAUCAAGGUAGGAGUAUGGCGCAGGGAACCUGCUAAGCAGGCAGGUGACCUAAGGUGCCUGUGGACUUGGGAGAGCUCUGGGGAGCGGUCACGAGACACAGUGGCCCUCUCUCCAGGCGUCACGGCGAUGCUGGUCCUGCUGCCUGCCACCAUGUUCCAUCUGCUCCUGGUGGCCCGAUCGGGCCCAGCGCGGCUCCUGGGCCCACCCACUUACCUGCCGGGGCUGGAGGAGCUGUGGAGUCCACAGGCUCUGCUGCUAUUGUUCAUCUGGCUCGCCCUGCAGGUGGCGCUCUAUCUGCUGCCUGCGCGCAAGGUGGCCGAAGGGCUGGAACUAAAGGACAAGAGUCGCCUGCGCUACCCUAUUAAUGGCUUCCAGGCUCUGGUCCUAACAGCCCUGUUGGUGGGGCUAGGGGUGUCAGCUGGGCUGCCCCUGGGGGCACUCCCUGAAAUGCUCCUGCCCUUGGCCUUUGCGACCACUCUCACCAGCUUCAUCUUCAGCCUCCUUCUCUAUAUGAAGGCUUUGGCAGCUCCUGUCUCAGCCCUGGCACCUGGAGGAAACUCAGGUGAGAAGGGUCCCAAUGAGGUAGGGGUGAGGCAUAUGGGAUGCCUAACUGUGCCUUCACUCUCUGUUAUUCCCCCAGGAAAUUGCAUUUAUGAUUUCUUUCUGGGACGGGAGCUAAACCCUCGCCUUGGUUCCUUUGACUUCAAAUAUUUCUGUGAGCUGAGGCCUGGCCUCAUCGGCUGGGUUUUUAUUAACCUGGCCCUGCUGAUACAGGAGGCAGAGCUACGGGGGAGUCCUUCACUGGCCAUGUGGCUGGUCAAUGCCUUCCAGUUGCUGUAUGUGGGUGAUGCCCUCUGGUAUGAGGAGUCUGUCCUCACCACCAUGGACAUAAUACAUGAUGGAUUUGGUUUCAUGCUGGCCUUUGGAGACCUAGCCUGGGUACCCUUCACCUACAGCUUGCAGGCCCAGUUCCUGCUAUACCAUCCACAGCCUCUGGGGUUGCCCAUGGCCUUGCUCAUCUGCCUUAUUAAGGUUAUUGGUUACUACAUCUUCCGUGGUGCUAACUCCCAGAAAAACACAUUCCGGAAGAAUCCUUCUGACCCCAGUGUGGCUGGUCUUGAAACCAUCCCUACUGCCACAGGACGGCAGCUGCUGGUAUCUGGGUGGUGGGGUAUGGUUCGUCACCCCAACUACUUGGGAGACCUCAUCAUGGCUCUGGCCUGGUCCUUGCCCUGUGGGGUGUCUCACCUGCUGCCCUACUUCUACCUCCUUUACUUCACUGCAUUGCUGGUACACCGGGAGGCCCGAGAUGAGCAGCAGUGCCUUCGCAAGUAUGGCCGUGCCUGGCAGGAAUACUGCAAACGUGUGCCUUAUCGAAUCAUACCCUAUGUCUACUGAGGCAGAGCCAUCUAACAAGCUCAGGCCUGAACACAUGUGGGGUGAAGGGCCUGCACCCCAUUCUACUUGGCAGGGAUGACCAGCCUCAGAGUCUGACGCAAGAAGAGGGAACCACUGCUCCCAUAUGAAAAUACUUUUCCCUGCUGGAUAAAUGUUUUCAAUCUUGUUUUUCUU